AUGUCCAGCACCAGUGAUUCCGUGUCUUCUAUCAGCUACGUCACAAUGCAAAUCAAUCGUCAUGUCGCUUUGGUUGUACUUCUUUUUGGUACAGUGGGUAAUAUAGUGAACAUGAUAGUUCUAAGUGAGCAAACUUUUAACAAAAUUCCAUGCACAAAUUAUCUUUACUGGUCCUCAAUGUCAGCAGUGAUAUAUCUUUGGUCAGCACUACCAACACGAAUUCUGGAAGGUUACUCCAUUACAUGGCAAGUUGAAAAUGGGCCCAUGUGCAAAUUUCGGGUGUAUUCCAUCAGUAUCGCUUGGGCAGUUGCUAUUUGGGCACUAGUUGGAGCAAGUAUUGAUCGUUUUUUAUGUAGUAGCCGUUUGGUUGCUCGUCGUCAACUGAGUACAUUACAAAUGGAAAGACGUUAUAUAAUUGUAGUUUUCACUUUCUUUACAUUGCUAUUUAUCGAAGUACUCUAUUGCUUCGAAGCACAUGUUCCAAAUGUUCCAGUUGCUUGCUAUGGUCGAAAUAUGAUUUGUCGAAUUGCAAUCGAUUGGAUUUAUUUAUUGUUAAUCAUUAUUUUACCAAGCAUCCUUUUAAUUGCAUUUGGAAUAUUAACUAUGCGUAAUAUUCGAACUCGAGUGAUACGUCCAACGAUUGGUCCAAUGCAAAAUACUGUUUCAAACAAUACAACAAACUUACCACGGAACGAUGAACGAACUCUGACGAAAAUGCUAUUAGUCCAGAAGCAUUUCAGGUAUUCAUUAUUUUCGUAG